UGUUUCCUCCCCCUUGGACUUUGAGGUUUGAACAACUCCAUCCCAUCCUAUACUAAUAUAAUGCAAUGCUAAUACUAGCACUAGUAGUACUAUAUAACUAAGCUUAACAACCAUCCCUUUUUUUAAUUUCUAUUGUCACACAUAUAUCCUUUUAUACUACUCCUCUGUCCCUCCUCUCCCUAACCCAUAUAUCUCCACCCCUCUUCUCCCCUCACUCACCAUUUGCUCUCUUCUCUCUUCUCUCUUCUCCACAUCACCACAGCCACACCACACUAGCUAGUGUUCAUCAUCAUCAUCAUCAUCAUCAUCAUCUUCUUCUUCUUCUUCUUCUUCUUCCUCGCUUCGUUUUGCUAGCUCGAUCGUGUCUAGCUGGUCGUCGUCGUCGUCGUCGUCUUCGCCAUGGCCGGCUGUUUGCAGACGAGAAGCAGGAGGAGGAGGAGGCGGCCAUGGUGGUGGCUGGUGGUAGCGGCGCUGCUGCUGCUGCUGCUGCAGGCGUCGAGCUGCGAGGCGACGCGAGGCAUGCAGCCGUUCAAGGGGAGGCCGCUGGAGAGAGGCGUCUCCAACAACUUCUUCGGGUUCUUGCCCCGUGGCCCCGCGCCGCCGUCCGGCCCGUCCCGGCAGCACAACGCCAUUGGAGCCGAGGACCAAGGCAACCCAUGAAUUCGAUACAUGUAGAGAGAGAGAGAGAGAGAGAGAGAGAGAGAGAGAGAGAGAGAGAGAGAGAGAGAGAGAGAGAGAUCAGAGUUGCAUAGAUAUCAUCGAAAUUAAUCUUCUUGGUUAAUUAAUUGUAGCUAGCACUAGCAGUAGCACAUGUAGUAGUAGUAGUAGUACGUAGCAGUAGCAGUAUAUACACUUCGGCAAGAAGAAGAAGAAGAAGAAGAAGCCGCAGGUAUAGUACAGUAGGAUCAAGGAUGAUGUACAUGAAGAAGCUUUUUUUUCUUUUCCUUUUUUUUGGGUAGGGCUCUCUGUCAAAUGUGUUGGCUGUUCAUGGCAUUCUCUUCUCUUUUGGAAAAAAAAAACACAAACACUGGGUGCUCUGAAUUUUGUUCAGUCUUUUGGUGGUCUGAAUUUCGUUGGAGUUAUUUCAUAUCUUUACUCCACUCUUUGGCUUUGCUGCCAUCCCUUUUCGGUGCAGAGCUAGGUGUGCUGCUGUGUGUGUUUGAUGCCUCUGCUGCAAUCACUCCUUUUCUUUCUCCUUUCCUGCUUUUCUAAAAGCUAGAAGAGAUCGAGUACGAGUGUACAACAACUACAGCUAUAGCUGCACACAUCAGUUACGUACAUCAUGCAGCUACUGCUUGGCUUUCUGAUGAUCUGCAUGCGUAGUUCCGCUGCUGCUUCUUCUCCAUGCAUGCAAGAUCUGAAAUCUGAUCGAUGCGAGAACAGAGGACUAGACUACUAGAGAAGAGACACAGAGAGAGAGAGAGAGAGAGUUUGUGUGUCUGAAAAUGAGGCUUUUUUGCAGCAUGCAGAUGGUUUGAUGAUGGAUUUGGUUGUUGAAAAAAAUGUCGAAGAAGAGAGUUUGGGAAGGGUGUCUAA